GGCAAUUAGUUCAGCCAGUAGACAGCCCGCAGUCAGCCAGUCUGGGCUGCUCCUCGUGCCUCGCAAGGAAUGAGAGAGGAGAGCGGUGAGAAUAAAUGUCCGGUGACCUCUGCAGUUGGGGCUUUUUCUUCUCUCGAAGGAAGAUUUUCUUUUUGUUUUCCCCUUCCCCCCCCCUCUCCUCGGACACCGUGUGAUUUGGAACGCUUGGGGUUUUUUUUAAAUAUAUAAAACUAGUUGAUUAAAUCGCGGCUUCAUCUUAUUUCUCACCCCAGAGAAGUGGGGGAGUUUGGGUGGGUCCGUGCGCUCGGGUUGAACGGACGGACGGAGGCGUUUGCCUUGCGGUCACCGAAGGCGGAGAGCAAUGGGUUUUGAACUGGAUCGCUUCAACGGGGACGUGGAUCCCGACUUCAAAUGCAAUCUGUGCAACAAAGUUUUGGAGGACCCUCUCACCACCCCUUGCGGUCAUGUGUUCUGCGCCGGCUGCGUCCUGCCGUGGGUCGUGCAACAAGGCAGCUGCCCGGUGAAGUGCCAGCGGAUGUCCACCAAGGAGCUGAACCACGUCCUGCCCUUGAAGAGCCUCAUCCUCAAGCUGGACAUCAAGUGCGCCAACUGCGAGCGGGGUUGCGAGAAGGUGGUCAAGCUGCAGCAUUUGGCCGAGCACGCCGAGAUGUGCGACUACUCGCCGGCGAAGUGCCGCCAUAAGGGCUGCACCGAAGUGCUCAACUUGCGCGACGUGGACGCGCAUAUGCGCGAGAGCUGCGAGGCCCGGCCGGUGGGGAUCUGCGAGCAAGGCUGCGGCUUGGUGCUCACCCAUCGCGAGCGCAAGGCCGGCUCCCACUGCUGCCUGCAGGCGCUCAAGGCGCACAACGGCGCCCUCCAAGCCAAACUGGCCGGCCUGGAGAAGGAGCUGAAGAAAGAGGCGCUGCGGGCCGGCAAGCGGGAGAAGUCGCUCCUCUCGCAGCUCUCGGCCGUGCAGCUCGAGCUCCAGAUGACAGCGCUGCGCUACCAGAAGAAGUUCACCGAAUACAGCGCCCGCCUCGACUCGCUCGGCCGUAGCCUGGCCGCCUUUUCGCCCAGCAAGGGUGAAGAGACAAAGACAUUUAAUCUUAUUCUUCAUCGUGAUUCAGGAUCUCUUGGAUUUAAUAUAAUUGGUGGUCGUCCAUGUAUGGACAAUCAAGAUGGCCCAACCAGCGAAGGAAUCUUUGUCUCUAAAAUAGCCGACAGUGGGCCUGCUGCCAAGGAAGGAGGACUCCAGAUUCAUGACCAGAUUAUUGAUGUAAAUGGAAAAGAUUUGUCCAAGGCAACUCACGAUCAAGCCGUAGAAGCCUUUAAAACAGCUAAAGAUCCCAUUGUAGUGCAAGUCCUGAGGAGAACGCCACGCACCAAGAUCUUCAGUCCUUCUCAUGAGUGUCUCUUGGUAGACAUAGGCACGCAGACUGAGAUCACCUUUGAACAUAUCAUGGCUCUAACCAAAAUGGGAUCACCUACCCCACCAGUCCUGGAUCCAUAUCUCUUACCUGAGGAGCAUUCAUCAGGGCAUGAAUACUAUGACCCCAAUGUUUACAUGGGAGGCAUUCAUCAAGACAUGGACAGAGAGGACCUAGAAUUAGAGGAAGUGGAUCUACAUCGAGUGAACAGCCAGGACAAAUUUGGACUUACUGUCUGCUACAGAACUGAUGAUGAAGAUGAUAUUGGUAUUUAUAUCAGUGAGAUUGAUCCCAACAGCAUUGCUGCAAAGGAUGGCCGUAUCAGAGAGGGUGAUCGUAUAAUUCAAAUUAAUGGAAUUGAGAUACAGAAUCGAGAAGAAGCUGUAGCUCUUUUGACCAGUGAAGAAAGCAAGAAUGUCUCCUUACUCAUAGCAAGACCAGAAAUUCUCCAGCUAGACGAGGGAUGGAUGGAUGAUGACAGAAAUGAUUUUCUGGAUGACUUACACAUGGACAUGUUGGAGGAACAGCACCACCAAGCAAUGCAGUUUACUGCCAAUAUGCUACAGCAGAAAAAGAAAAAUGAAGAGGAUGGUGGUACCACAGAUACUGCAACCAUUUUAUCCAACCAACACGAAAAAGACAGUGGCGUAGGGCGUACAGAUGACAGCACUCGGAAUGAUGAGAGCUCCGAACAAGAAAAUAAUGCCGAUGAUCACGUUACUUCCUCAAACACUUUGGGAAGCCAGAAGAAACUUGCUUAUAGCCAGGACACGCUGGGCAGUGGUGACAUGCAGUUCAGCAAUGAGUCAUUUAUUUCAGCUGAUUGCACAGAUGCAGACUUCCUUGGCAUCUCAGUGGAUGAGUGCGAGAGGUUUCGUGAACUGCUGGAGCUGAAAUGCCAGGUCAAAUCCACAAACCCAUACAGCCUGUACUGCCACAACAGUACUCUGGAUAUGAGUAAAAGUGACCAUGAGAGUGUGGAUAGGGAGCUGGAGAUGCUGAAUGAGGAGCUGCGUAAUAUUGAGCUGGAGUGUCUUAAUAUUGUCCGAGCCCACAAGAUGCAGCAAUUGAAGGAACAGUUUCGAGAGCCAUGGAUGCUGCAUAACAGUGGCUUCCGCAACUACAAUACCAGCAUUGAUGUCCGCCGACACGAGCUCUCGGAUAUUACUGAGCUCCCAGAAAAAUCAGAUAAGGACAGCUCCAGUGCAUACAACACUGGUGAAAGUUGCCGAAGCACACCACUCACGUUGGACAUCUCCCCCAACAACUCUCUAUGUAGGACAGCAGACCCUCUCACUUUGCAAGGCAGGGAGGGGGCAGAAGGCCCUCUGAAAUUGUUGUUACCUAGUUCAGAAGAUCAGGAAUCCAGCCUGGCUCAAUCGCCUCCUCCCAAAGAGGCUGACCUUAGCCAGCCAUCAGAAAUCAAGGAAAGGAAAAUUAACGAAGAAAGCAAAAGCUCAGUUCCAACUCCCAAAGCCGGUGGCUCCUCUUUGUCUUCAUAUCAACAUUCUCCGUACAAGCAUGCCCAUAUUCCAGCCCAUGCCCAGCACUACCAGAGCUACAUGCAGCUGAUCCAACAGAAAUCCGCAGUGGAAUAUGCGCAGAGCCAGAUGAGUUUGGUGAGCAUGUGUAAAGACUGGAACUCUUCAAACCAGAGUGAACCCAGGAUGGAAUGGAAAGUCAAGGUCAGAAGUGACGGUACUCGCUACAUUACCAAGAGGCCAGUCAGGGACCGGCUGCUACGAGAGCGUGCUAUAAAGAUCAGAGAGGAGCGCAGCGGCAUGACAACAGAUGAUGAUGCCAUCAGCGAAAUGAAGAUGGGCCGUUACUGGAGCAAGGAGGAACGGAAGCAGCAUAUUGUGAAGGCCAAGGAGCAGAGAAAGCGGCGGGAAUUUAUGAUGCAAAGUCGGUUGGAAUGCUUAAAGGAACAACAAGGGACUGAGGACAAGAAGGAAAUGAAUAUCAUAGAACUGAGCCACAAAAAAAUGAUGAAGAAAAGAAACAAAAAGAUAUUUGACAAUUGGAUGACAAUUCAAGAACUCCUAACCCAUGGCACAAAAUCACCGGAUGGGACAAAAGUUUACAACUCCUUCCUCUCAGUGACUACCGUAUAAUUUUUCUGUGCCAAAGCUAAAAUACGUAAAACCCUUCCGUUGGGGUAGAGAUUCUUGCCUCGUUCAAUGUGGCAACCCUUGUUUUUGUUUCCUUGUUUGUAUAUAAGACACAUUCAUCGGAUCUACCAUCCAAAUGGAGAAUUUGGGUUUCUCAAGCAUUUUCAAAGAGCAGAGAGACAUCAUCCAUCCCAAAUCUUUGAAGGCAAUACUGAAGAGGCUGAGCUUAUUUGGAAUACCAAUAGUACCUUUUUUUGUAACUUGUUAUCCUUUUGCAUAAAGUGUUUUAAAAUAACAGGAAAACUUAUUAAUCAUACUUAACACAGGUAAUAUCUUUUUAUUCAUAUAUUCCUAUUUUAAAAUGGUUACACAUGCAGAAACGCAAUGACAACCUCAAAUAUGUAUUUUUAACAAGGCAGUAUUUUGCAAUAUAUCUUUGCUAGUAGGUCCCUUUUCUGCAGAGGUUGCUGUUUUAAUCAAUAUUUUUAGCUGAACUAGCAAACCCUUCAUAGAAUCGUUUCGCAGUAACAUAUCACACCGGCUGUGUCUUUGGAGUUGUGCUGGCUUGCCUGUCCAUCAUGGUACCUAUGAUAGGUAAACUAAAAACAGCUGGCAGAUAGGAUAAAUCCUGAUGUAGCUCCCUAGAUUUGAAGCCUAAUUGGAAUAACUUGAAUUGCGCUGGCUGGGCUGGUAGUAUUAAAAUCUCACUGUGCUUACUAUAAAUACUUGGGUAACUACAGUCCUGUUUCAACAAAGUAACCAGAUAUAGGUCAUUGGAUUAAAUUACAGAGACUAUGGAGGAAGCUUUCUAUAAAAGUGUAUAGGGACAGGCAAUACCUAGGCACUGAAAAUAUUAUGCAUAUGACUCUUUAGGACUCUAGCUAACAGCUGCACUCUUUCAGCUUCUCUCUCUCUGGUUUCUGAAGAAAGAAAGUAGGUAUUACUUGAAAGAGCAGAAGGCAACUACUACACGCUGCAGCUCUGAAAGGUUUUGAAGUUUGCCAAGGCUGUGGCCUGUUGAACGAAUGUGCAUGUGUGUCUAAUGGUGUUACAAAACCAAUUGUGUAAUUUGAAAUGCCAAUUGUAGUAGCUGUCAGCUUUGUAGAUUGGAAUGUAUUGAAAUUGAGAGCAGUUUUCAUGGGAAACAUGACUAGUUAUUAACAAGUAAAAUGAAGUUAAAAUAAAUUAUUGUUUUAUAUUUCAACUCAA